AUGAAUUAAUUUUUAAUACCAUGUCCAAAUUUGAAUCAUUCUCAAAUAGUAGAUACUUAUUGUCUUAACUAAGCUUGUUCAGAAAUGAGAUUUUCAUGCGCAAAAUGUAUUUUUGAUAGGAAAUCAUGUCAUACUGAUCACUUUGAAGAUGUGUAAUCUAUAUCUCAUUUUCGUGAUUUCUAUGCUGAAGUGCAAAAGGAUUGCGAUAUUUUGAUAACUUAAUUGGAUCGUAUCUAUGCUUAAAUUACUUAACAAUUUAAUCGAUUAAUAGAAAACUUAAGAGAAAAGUACUAGGUUCCUUUUGAGAAAUUAAAAGUUCUAACUCCAAUUUAGAUUAAUUAAGUAGUCAAUCAAAUGGUGAAAUUUAAGGUUCAAAGCAAGACUCUUUUUCAUUAAAUCAAAGAAAGCUUUGUUUCUUUUAAUGUAUUGCUGGAAAAGUGUUAAUUCAAUAUGUAAAUAUAAGAAUUAAAUUAUGUAUUAAAGAAAAAGGAAGUAAAUGGUCCCUUUUCUAUGAGCUUGAUGAAAGAAAAUUCAUUAAAGGACACUGAAUUAUACGCUUUAGCAUUAAAUAAAACUUGUUCAAUAAUGAUAGCAGGUUAUGCAACAGGAACAAUUAAGGUUUUUGACUUUAAAUUUGGAUAAUUCAAAUUGGUCUAAGUACUUGAUCAACAUAGAUUAUGGAUAAAUAGUUUGUUGUUCAUGAAAUCUUCAGAUUGCUUCAUCUCCGGAAGCAAUGAUCAGUCGAUUAUUGUGUGGUAAUAGCAAAGGAACUCUUUAUGGUAGAUUUAUUAAAAACUAGAAGGUCAUAGUGGUGCCAUCUCAUGCUUAGAACUUAGUAGAAAUGAAGAUUUCCUCAUUUCUGGAAGUGCUGACUGUUCUAUUAAAUUUUGGGAAAAAAGAAUCAGUUGGGAUUGUUACUUUACUUUGAAUGGACACUCAGGAAGUGUUUAAGGUCUGAGUCUGAAUUCAGAAUAAAAUCAAUUAAUCUCAUGUGCUUAUGAGGAUAAAAAGAUAAUUGUAAGCUAGCAAAAAGGAAAAGUAUGGAUUAAGAUCUAAAAUGUUUCAGUUGAGUAUUGGGGAUUAAGAUUAUGUUUUGUAAAGGAAAACUAAUUUGCAUUCUAGCCCUAUUGCAAAGAUCAUCUACUUAUAUUUUAGUUCAAUUUUAAAACAAAAUAAUUUGAUAACACUAAGAAAGUAGAUGUUAAAUCAAGCAAAUAAUGUAACUCAUAAUUUCCUUAAAAAUGGGUUACAUCAAAAUAGAUUUUGAUAAGUAAAAAUGGAAAUUUUGUAAAUCUUAUUAAGCUUGAUGAGAAUGGCGAUUUUUAUUGUGAUUAGUCAAUCGAUUUUAGAACAGCGUCAAUUUAUGGCACAGUAUCAGAGGAAGGUGAAUAUAUGAUUACUUGGGAUUAAAAAUCUUUAGAAAUCCAAGUAAGACAAUAUAAAAUCGAAAAUAAAUGA